GCAGUGAUCGUAUUUGACAAAAUUGGACCAUUGGAUUCGAUGUCCAAUCAAUGUUCAAUUAUGGGUCCAAUCAAUUGGACUUUGAACAUCCAAAUUAUUGAAUUUUGGACGUCCAAUAUCCAAUUCAAUAACCAAUCAAAACUAUUGGAUUAUGGCACUAUUGGAUAUAACAACACUGAAUCAAUGUCUCACGA